AUGCACAGCACAGACAGGUUAAGGGGAUCAAUCACCAAAGUCACAUGCCAUGAUCCUCUCCUUCCUUUGGGAGUAUUAUUUUGUCUCCUUCCACCAAUGUUGCUAAAAUCCACCAAAAAAUGUCUCUAGUCCAUUAUACCAUCCUCGUGGCACUUCUUGUCAUCUCCGCCAAUGCAGUCUCUCCUCCAGAGAAGUUGAAACCCAAACAAACCGUCCCUGCUUCUCCUCCACCUCCCACAAUCUCUGCUACCGCCAAAGCUUUCACCGACGCGCACAACAAAGCCAGAGCCAUGGUAGGUGUCUCGCCGCUAGUAUGGAGCCAGACGCUGGAGGCGGCCGCGAACCGGCUGGCUCGUUACCAGAGGAACCAGAAGAAAUGCGAGUUUGCGAGUCUAAACCCUGGGAAAUACGGCGCGAACCAGCUUUGGGCCAAAGGUUUGGCCGUGACGCCGACUCUUGCGGUGGAGACAUGGGUGAAGGAGAAACCUUUCUACGACUACAAGUCGGACAAGUGUGCCCCGAACCACACGUGUGGUGUCUAUAAACAAGUCGUGUGGAGAGACUCAAAGGAGCUAGGCUGUGCUCAAGCCAUGUGUACUAAAGAGUCAACGGUUUUAACCAUUUGUUUCUAUAAUCCCCCGGGGAAUAUAAUUGGUCAAAAGCCAUACUAGAAAGAAAAAAAUGUAUUAAUUAGUUACUAGUGUCUAAUUUUCAUGUCAAAAAAAAAAAACAACCGAGUAUUAUGAUUUGAUCUGAAUGAUAGUAUUUAAAUGCGACCGUUGUAUGAUCAAUCAUGUGCAAGCUCUGAAUUACAAUGGGAUAUUUUUAAUGACAA